AAAAAUAUCCCUUCCAAUUCCAUGGAAUCUCAAUCUUCUACGCCCUACGGCCCCCCCCUAUUCCAUACGUAUACGUAAGUUAUUAUUGUACAGCCAGAGAAAUUAGAAAUUAAAAAGGAAAUAAUUCCCCACCCAAAUUCCGAAUUCGAUCUUCCAUUUGUAAUUUGCAACCCCAUUUCGCCAGACACAUUUGUUUCCAUGUUUUUGUUUGUCUCCACAUGGAUCCUACGAAUUUCUGCCGGAAAUUUUGAGUAAAUUGAAUUACCCGAUGAUGGGUUUUGUUGCCAGGCCGACAAUGAGGCUUUUACUCAAGGUGGAGUUUGACUUUGAAACCAAAUAAAAAAAGAAAGAUGGACAAACAGAACAGAAGAAGGAAGUUUGCUUUGUGGCUUAAGGCGAUUGUUUUCCUGGUGGGAGAAAAUUGGAUUUAGCGAUCCAGAAAAACUCUCUUAAUUAUUUGUGGGUCUUUGUGGGUCUCAUUGAUUCUUUAAUUUGGUGAAACAAAGAAUGUUUCUACGUUAGUCUUCUUUGAUGGGUUUGAAGAAAUCGAGCUUUUGGGGCCAGCGAAUUCACACCCAUUUGCUCCCGAGAAUCCGACUUGAUUUUAGUCCUCCUCCCGAGCAGGAGGGGGAGGAAAUCAAGGACCUCUGUGGUUUCAAGAUCUUUUAGGGUUUCCAUCAAGUAAUUGCAGGAGAAGAAGAAACCGAAACAAAUGGACGAAGAGGCUAAUUCUUGGCUGAGGAGAACAAAAUUUUCUCACACUGUUUACCAUCGAUGGGAUUCCUUAAGAUUGAAUCCUGUUCCUUUCAUCGUCGAGCCACCUCGCAAUUCUGGCUUGAAAUCGAGGCCUCAAUCAGCUUCGUCUGCUCAGAAACCGGAUUCUGAUAUUUCGAAGAUACAGAGAAAUUUCACGGCGCAUAAGCAGAGGUCUCUGUCUCCCCUCCUCCAGUCCAACCUCUCCGAGGUUUUCAAGGAAGCGAAAUCCGCCAGUAAGCGAUUCGCUACUCCAACUCCUCGGCUUAGAGAACGGACUAGGGAAUUCAAGAACAAGCUAUUCCACAGGGAUCCUCAAGAUUCAAAACCGCCAAAUUUCAAGCCAUCGUUGAAUACCAGUCCCCUGAAGCACUUGGCUUCGGGAAAAGGUGGCAGCGACAAGUCAAAGUUCCGGAAGGACUCAUCCUGGACCAAAUAUUUCGAGUCCAGUGGUGGAAGAGUCACCGCAGUAGAAACAGAAGUUGAAACUGAAGACGAUUCGAGUGUCGAUCUCUCUAAGUUGUUUCUUGGCUUGAGGUUUGCUCAUGGAGCUCACAGUCGUCUCUAUCAUGGAAAAUACAACGAUGAACCUGUUGCUGUUAAGAUUAUCAGAGUGCCCGAGGACGACGAAAAUGGAGCGCUUGCUGCUCGAUUAGAGAAGCAAUUCGCCAGAGAAGUUACCCUUUUAUCUCGUCUUGAUCAUCCGAAUGUAAUAAAGUUUGUAGCUGCCUGUAGGAAGCCACCAGUUUUUUGUGUCAUUACUGAAUAUUUGUCUCAAGGUUCAUUAAGGGCAUACUUACAUAAACUCGAGCACCAAUCCCUUCCUUUGCAAAAACUGAUAGCAAUUGCUUUAGAUGUUGCUCGUGGAAUGGAAUACAUUCACGCACAGGGCAUAAUUCACCGGGACCUUAAGCCUGAGAAUGUUCUUAUCGACGAGGACUUCCACCUGAAAGUUGCAGAUUUUGGCAUAGCUUGUCCCGAGGCGUAUUUUGACCCGUUAGCUGAUGAUCCCGGAACUUAUCGAUGGAUGGCACCAGAGAUGAUCAAACACAAACCAUAUGGGCGAAAAGUCGAUGUGUACAGCUUUGGACUUAUGUUGUGGGAAAUGGUGGCCGGCGCAAUUCCUUACGAGGAUAUGACUCCCAUUCAAGCAGCAUUUGCUGUUGUCAAUAAGAAUCUUAGACCUGUUAUCUCAAGUGAUUGUCCCUUGGCGAUGCGAGCUUUAAUAGAGCAAUGUUGGUCCCUACAACCAGACAAGAGACCCGAUUUCUGGCAGGUUGUGAAGGUAUUGGAGCAAUUCGAGUCUUCGCUUGCCCUGGACGGGAGUCUGAAUUUAGUAGAGAACCCUCUGUCUAGUUUCCAAGAUCAUAAGAAAGGGCUCCGCCAUUGGAUUCAAAAGCUUGGCCCUCUGCACCCAGAAGCCUCGCCUGUGCCCAAACCAAAAUUCACAUAAGUCAUCGCUUUGUUCCCCAUGUUAUGAGUUAUGACUUAUCUUUCAUAAUACAUGGCCAAGUUUUUUGUAAUUAAACUUCAACGCUGUUCACUCCCAUUUUUUUGGGCUCUUCUUUAUGAUAAAUUUGUGAAUUUAUCGUAA